GCAGCUCUACCCCGGGCCGGCCACUGUUCCACCCGGAGAACCGACCCGCUUGCCCUCUCUUCAUUCCCAGGCUGAGGCCUCAAACUACUCGCUGCCCCUCACAAACAUGGCCGGCCAACGUGGCCGCGCCCCUCAACAAGAUGGCGACCACCAGUAGCCCCGCCCCCGACGCCUCGGCGGCCAAUGAGGGAGCACUACGAACGCUUGCGCGUGCGUAGUGAGACUUGGUGGGCGCGCCCAGUGAUGACUGGAGAGCCCCGAGAGUAACAUGACUAAAAAGAAGCGGGAGAAUCUGGGCGUCGCUCUAGAGAUCGAUGGGCUGGAGGAGAAGUUGUCCCAGUGCCGACGAGACCUGGAGACUGUCAACUCCAGGCUCUACGGGGCGGAGCUGAGCCCAGAGGCCAGGAGAUCUCUGGAGAAGGAGAAAAACAGCCUAAUGAGCAAAGCCUCCAACUAUGGAGCUUCAGCUGCUUCGGCAGGAGAACCGGAAGAACAUGCUGCUCUCCGUGGCCAUUUUCAUCAUCCUGACCCUGGUCUACGUCUGCUGGACCAUGUGAGCCUGGGAUGCCCCACAGCCAGCGCAGGCCACCCCUCAGCUCCUUAGAUGGGACCAGGCAGGCCCUUCAGGCCUCAGCAAGACCAAGGGAUUGGGGCAUCCCUCCGUGCUGCAAGGCGCUCCGGCCGGCUUCCUCUGCCUCCCUGGCCUCUGUGGGGCCUGGGUCUGCAGAAAGACGCACUGUUGGCUCCUCCCCAGGCCCAAGGGAGAGGCAAUAAAGAACAUCAGGCGGC